AUGACACCCAGAGGAGCGCAUGUGGAGGAGCUAGGAGUCACAGAAGAUGAUGCAACUCAAACAAUUUUUGCUGACUACUUCAUUCAACUGUAUGAGUUUAGCUCUGAUAACUAUUUCAAUGCAUUCAGAACUAACAACAUGGCUACCCAGUCAGGAGCGGAUAUCUACGGAGUUUGGGUGUACGACGGCAAUGUGCAAUAUUUCACUCGCGAUCACCUCCCUCGGUUUGUUGCUGCUGCCAUUAUCCUCAUUGCCGGUGGAUUGUUUACUGUACUGCUCUUCUUUGGACAAUGGUUUCCACGCUGCUCCAAGGUUAUGAUAUGGACAAAGAACACAAAGUACACUGGCUUCAUGGAUGUGUACCAUGCUCCAUUCACUCCCAAGCAUCGCUACUGGGUGGGACUGCUCCUCUUUGCUCUGAUUGCUCAUAAUCUAGUAGCUGCCAUGGCUCCAGAUACUUCUCUCUAUGUGCUAUCAUUUGGGGUUCUAUCAGUUGGACUGAUCAGCUGGAAACCACUGAAUAAUCGUUUGUACAAAAGUAAGUUCUGUGAUUCCCUCGAAACCCUGUAUCUACUGAAUGUUGCUAUGCUUGUAUUUGGCACCUCCUAUGUCAAAGAUACCAAGAACAGUCAGUCAGCACUAGCCAAUACUUCAAUGGCUAUAUCAUUCACCUUAUUUGUGAUAACAGUCUGCUACCAUUUUUACCAAUUCGUGCUCAAGAAGAGCAAUACAUGGCUGAAGAUAGAGGACACCAUAAGAAACUUACGAGCUGGUGCUGCAGACAUGAGACUCCGACGAGCUAACAAUACCUGGGAAAUGUAUCAGUUGGUAGCCGAUGAAAAUGAUGAAGAUGAAUUACUCGAAGCAGUAGACGACUAUGAACAAAGAGACGCCUUGAACCCACCUUACACUGAUGGAGCCGUGGAAGAAGCUGACCCUGAUCGUUACAUCACUCCUCCCAUCAUCAGACCAGCCACAAGGCCGAACCAGCUGAGACUAUCCUACAUGGAUGAACUAGCCCCACUCACCACAGAGGACUACAGACCAGCCCCUCCCCCUCCAAGAGUCAACCAUCGUCCUGCUGUUACACACACAGAAAUCGGCCCCAUACGCAAUGAAGUGUGAACUGUCUUAUUUAGCUGAGGUACCUUAUCAUGUAAAUAACAUUUGUAGGCAUUGUUAAUUCCAACAGUUACUGUCGUUAGCACUUGUUUAUGUCACUAUAGUUUAAAGAGAGAUAUGCUUUUUUGUAGAUUCUUGUAGAUUUAUUUUUUGUAGAGAUUUAAUGGUUGUGGUAU